AUGAACCUCGGCGGCAUCUUGAACAACGACCUGCCCCCGGCAGACGAGGCGCUGCGGCCCCACCAGGAGCGCCUGGCGCUGGAGGCGCUGACGGCGCUGGUGCACCAGCGCAACUCCAUCACCAACAUCCUCAACGGCGACGACGGCGACGCCCCCGCAGCGGCGGCGGCGGCGGCGGCCGCGCCACCGGCGCCGGCGCUGACGGAAACUACGGCGUCCAAGGAACCAGCGACGGCGCCGACUAAUACCACGGCGCCCGCUACGAACUCGGCGCCCCUGGCGCUGUCGCUGGCGCCGGGAGCGCUGGCUCUGGGCGACCCCAUCGACCUGGGUCUCGCCAAAAUCGCCCAGUUGAAAGGGAAGACGCGCCCCCGGCGCUACUCGACGCCGCCGGUGUGGGCGCAGGAGUGGGUGCCCCACGUCCGCGACGAAGCGCCUGUUUCAAGUGGGCCCCAGCUCGGGCUGAUCCUCUCCGACAAGCGGGUGUUUGACUAUAACCGCACCCAGCUGGUCGACCUCGAGUGUCUGAUUUCCGGCGUGAUUCCGGCGCAGAGCGUGGUGCGGACGAUCGCCGAGUGGAUCUUCGCCAACUUCCGGGACAUCUCGCCCCAGAACCGGCCGUUCGUCGAGCUCGAAGUCAAAUUCGGCACCAUCACCGACAAGCGGACGCUGAACCGGAUCUCGAUCGACGUCGCCACCGACUGCGUCUACACCAACCACCUGGAGGUGUACUUUGAGAUGGAGGUGGCCGAGCCUGCAUUUAAAGAAGUGCAACGUUACCUUGGCGAGCUCGAGCUGAAGUACCAAGAAAGCGGCCGUGGUGACCGCAACCGCCCGAGACGCAAAUUUAGCCAUUUGGAAACGGAUAUCACCGACCUGUUUUACCAAGUGGAACGGCCGAAAGAGCCGACGAAGCUGAUACGGGUGUCGAAGGAUAACUCGCUUUCCCCCGCCCGCUACCUGGCAAUUGAGAAGCAACGCAUUUCGGACUUAUUUGUCCACUGCCCGCUGUCGAUGUACGACUUGCGGCUCCUGCUCGCGCUCGAAUUCCCCGUCCCCGAACAAAAUAUCGAGGCCAUCAUCAGCAAGGGGACCCCCGUCCUCCAGCGCGAGAAAAAACGGUCGCUGUGGACCCACGCCCCCACGGUGCUGCGGAUCGACUUGACGCGGGUGCUGAUCCCCAAGGACAGCCGCGGCCAGCUGGGGCGGAAGGUGGUCGAGUACACGCUGAACUACGAGAUCGAACAGGAGAUCGACACGAACGAAGUGUUCCUCGCCAUGGACAAGUUCAAAGCGGGGGAGGACGCCUUCCGCUUUGAAGAAUUGGUGGAGAUCUUCUUGAACAACGCCCGCGUGCUCAACUCGGUGGUGACGAAAAUCGCCCGGUAA